ACACGCGUUACCCGGAUGUGACGUCACGCUAUUCCAAAAUAUUCGCGGGCAAGCAAAGCAGGAGCUAUUACGGUCAUGUCUCAAGAGUUUCACGUCGUCAAAUGUUUCAGCUGCCUCUGCUUCCAAGGACAACAAGUGAAGAAGGUCAAAAAGUGGACGUGUAAACUCUGCGGAGAGAAACAGUCUGUUCUGAAGGAGUUUGGUCGAGGAAGCGGCGCCGACUGUAGACGUCAUGUUCAAAAACUGAACGCCAUGAGAGGAGCCAUGUUGGAAGAAAGUGACACCCGGUCGCCAUGGAAGCAAGAGGAUGAGGCAGGAAGUGAAGAGCGCCAGGACGACCAAGUAAGAACACAGGUGGGACACACCCAGGUGAGCCGCUGGAGCAAGUACCUGGACCCACCCAAGGAAGACGACGAUGCUUUGACAAAUAUUCAACAUUUUGACAGGAAGUGGGGGAAAGGAGAUGAGGGAGAUGACAGCCGGACGCUGGAACAGAUUCAACACGGCCGAACAUCAUCCAGCCAACCUGACAACACUCCCACCAACCAGACAGACCCCCCCAGUUCGAAGACCACUGUCACCAUCCGAGCCUGUGACUUCCAGGACGGGGGGUUCCAGUUGGUCAGUGGGAGGAGCGUACAUGACGGCAGGGUUGCCAUGACUGAGGCCCCAGCCCUCACAUGGCCCCGCCCUCUACUUCAUGGUACCUCCAUGUUUGAGAGUGAAGAAGAUUUUGAUGUCACCUUUGACCUGUGAUGAAACAGACUUGGGGUAGCGUGCUGGAUGGCGAUCGGUCUGCUGCUGUAAUCACACUUCCUGUCUGUCCCUGAUGAUCAGAAUCCUUUCUAGUUGGUUCAUCGGUGCUCAUGUUGCAUCACGUCCAUUAUUAGUUAGUGUUCAUGUAACACUGAGAUAAAAAUAUAUCUUGGCAAUACAAGUGCGACUAUAAAAUAAUAAAAGCCAGUUAUUACCACACAGACGAAGGCCUUCAGUCGUGAGGGGUGCCCCCUGCAACGUCUCCACAUAGCCAGCUGCCGUUUGACGCCCCUGUACAACCUGAAGCUCCAUUGUUCCAUUGAAAGAAAAAGCAGAUCAUGAUGGCACUGUUCCAUGUGGAAAACAUCUCAGGUGGGAUCUCCUUGUCAGGCCAGUAAUGUUGGAAGCCAUCAGGACUGUCGAUGCACAUUUUUCUCUUUUUUCCCAUGUUUGGGGAUCUCAUGCAAAUUCCACCCUUGCAAUUUUGCGGCAUUAAAGCCCUCUCCCGCAGAUGCAGACUGCAGUCUGAUGGUUGUUGGACUGCACUCUGCACCAGUCACAACCUUGAUUUUGGCCGAGGAUGGUCCUGUGUCUUGACGGACAGCCAAUCAGAUCCUGCGGCUGAGGGCCAGUGACAUUUUUUUGGGUCUACUACUUGACGUUUUUGUCCCAUAACCCUCAGGAUCUUUGAAGAAGUUUCAAAUGACUGUCUUACCACGUCCAACCUCAGCAGCAAUGGUGCGGUGCGAGAGGUCUUGUUUAUACAGCUCAACAAUCUGACCACCUUCAGAGAAAGCUUUUCUGCCUUUGACAUCAAGAGAUUAUGACAGAAAAGGGAAUCCAGAUUUUUUCCAAGAGUUUGCCUUAUAAAGGGUGUGGUCUGAAACUUUUGAUCAUCUGAUGAACAGCCUAUUUCACUUUAAUGCUUGUUUACAAUAAAUUGC